AUGGUGAACAACAACAAUAACAACAGAAGCAUCGGUCCCCAUGUCGCCGCCGCUGUUACUUCGGCCAGUACCAAUGUCAAUGUCGACAUCACCACCGAAGGCUCGGUCAUUCAAACACUCAUCAGCCAAGCCGAAACCCAAGGAACAACACCAACCUGGAUCAAUACCACCACCACUAUAGUGGCAAGUGGUGGAUGUGGUGGCGGAUUCCCACUUCAGGAAACCCCUGCAGGAUUCAACAUCACAGGUGGCCCAACAACGUACGGCGACAAGACUAUCUUUCUGACAGAGACCCCAACGAUCGUCACCGUCAUGACUGUCCCCUCGAACCUGACAGCCACCAUCACAUCACCUCACGCCACCUUUCUAGCAACUCCGAGCGGUUGGACAAACGAGAUCGAUUCUCCGGCCGGUAGUUCAGUGACCCUGGGCAGAAUCGGACUAUUGACUGGAAUGUCAGUCAUUGGCUUUGUCGUCAUCACUCUCGCAAUAUUUGGCAACUUUAUCCCUCUUGGACCGGCUACCAAACCUCUCCGCGAACGGAUCGCUGAGUGGAUACGAGGUCACAUCCAACACACUUACCCACUCACACCUGAUCAAAAACGAUCGAUUGCCAAAUCCGUCACGAGUUUACACUCUACGACAUUUUUGACUCCGAGUUUGUUUGUCAAUGUCAUAUUUCAAUAUUUACCCGCCACGUCGACGGCGUCGUCGUCGUCUACAUCCUCCGGCACCGCACCCGACGAACAGGACGACCCUACGUAUUACCUGGCGGGUGAACCUUUCAGUCAUCAUCACCCUCAUGGUCCCAACCGUAUCAUUGCACAAGUCAGGACGUCCCCGGAAAGGACAAAGGCAAUCUUUGAUGAUUUGGCCUUGCGUAUAGAAAAGUCAUGGUAUGAUGUUGUCAAUAACGACGACGACGACGACAACCACCAAAAAGACAACAAGGCGGCCAGAAAAAUGCACAUGAUAAGUUUCUAUCCAAUGAUUGCUGCAAGGGAAAAUGGUGUUACUAUACCAGAUGCUGGUAAUGAAUCAAAUUGGUUAAAAGAUAACAUGUCAUAUUUCAAAUCUCAAGCUUAUGAACACGGUGAUGAAGAUUUCAAAAAAAUGAUUGAAGAAAUCGAUCAACGAGACGACUUGAAAGCAAUGCUCAAGUAGGAACACAUAUACUUCAACAUCUCCCCCAAGAUUAUCAAUGUCAGGCUCCUCGGCUCAGAUCACGAUUGUGGAAGAAAGAGCAUUGAAUUGCUUGAAAUUUCAAACGAAUACUAUCAAUCAAAUACUGUUCUAUACC